AUGGUCGCCCCUUGGGACAUCUAUGCCGAAAAACUAUUCCCUCUGGGAUACGGACACCCCCUUUGGGCGCCGGAGCCAUCUCGGGAGUUUGGGGAAGUACGCAUCGGCGACGUCGGUUUCCUGUCGAACGGGCGUUUCCGCUUCUUGUUCAAUUGCACACGAGAAGCAAACGACCCGCUCAACUUGAGAGGCACCCCUACCCCUUUCCGACCGUUCAAGAUUCCUCCCGGGUCGGUGGCGGAGAUCCCAGACGAGAUUACGCAGCCGCUCCUUCAGAGCCAAGGCAUGCACUCCGUCUCCGCCCAAGGCCAGGGUACUAUUGGUGAUCCCGCCACUCAGGGCGGCGCGCAAGCCUUGUUGCGCUACAGGUGCACCGAACAAAGCGGAGCCUUGCUCAUGCUGAAACAAGCAGGCCAUGCAACGCGUCUAGACUGUACUCUUGCCGUUCAAAAAUACAUGCGCCAGAACCUGGAGCACUGGUAUCUGUUCGCGACAGACAAGCUCGGCAUCGAUCUGCAGGAUAGCGACCUCAUCUUCGUGUACGGCUUUACCAAGACCACGGUUUGGGCUGAAGCCGCGUUCAGCAGCUCUUCCGCCGACGGUGAGCUGAGCAUUUCCGCCGGAGUGCCCUCCCUGGGAGCAUUGGGCGCGUUCUCCGUCGAACUGUCCAAAUGCGAGCUUCCUGUCACCUUCCACCGCUGGGGUCCCCGAGGGAGAGCCGCCGCUGAACACGAACCAGAUCCUCUAGCCGCGGCUCCCAAUACGAGCGUCAAAGACGCGUUCGACCAAUAUGAAAAGCCGUUUCCGGCGAAGGAUAAUACGCGCCGCUGCGGGUCCUCACGACCUACCAAGCCCACCCCCGGACGAGCUACCCGGAGAGUUCGAUGA